AUGAGUUUGAAUAGCUCUAAGUACUUUUUAAUAAGUAUUUAAGGUUGGUAGAUAGUAGGAGCAAAACUAAAAAAUACUCCAAUUCAAUCUAUAUAAAAAAAUCCUUGUUUACUAAUCCUAUCAAAUUAUCUGAGUAGUCAGAGAAGUUUUUCAAAACCUGGGUAUUAUAGCUUGUUGAUAUUUGA